AUGAAGACGUCAGCGGUAUCACGACGUAUCCAUAGCCGCGAACCUGAUGUCAACAGCCUCGAAUUGUCUUCUCUGACUCUGCCACAACACGAAAUCUCCCAACAGAUUGAGGGUUCUCCAUUGCAUUUGUCAGUCGGACAACCAGUGCGGAAGAGUCAGAGGAGGGACCCUGAGCAACAAGAUAUCACGGAGCGGUCAGAGCCCGACGCCGAAACAUCGUUACUCAACGAAGGAGGGGCCUCGAAGGAAGAGAUCCCAAACCGCCAUUCAGCGCCAGCUCGAUGGAACGCCCUUGGUUUCGUGGGGCUCUGCAUCAUAGUCCUGGGAACCAUUGUGAUCUUGGCGGCCACCGCCUUCCUGGCCUACCUCUGGCAGUCCUCGAUGCGCGCGAGAGCCGGGCAGUCGCAGGGCAGCAAUGGUGGGUUGUGGGACCUUAUCGUGCUGUCGAACUGGACCUCGGUAACCGUCACCCUCACUGCUGCUGUCAUACGCGUCUGCCUCGCGCUCCAGAUGGGCGUUCUCACCGGCAUGAUCGCCUCUCUCCUGAUUGAAAAGUCCGGCGUUCCCAUGGGCUCUGCCCCGUUCGUCUCUAUUCUGCGGGCCGUCUCGGCGUCCCCCUAUCACCUGGUCUCGAGAGCUGCGCUGACGACGCCCUUCGCCAUCGCCGUCGGCCUUGGGGUGCUUCUGACAGGCGCGUCCCAAUUCACGUCGACGGCGCUUCUGUUCGAUUUCGACCUCGCCAAUAUCACGACGCCGAAGCAGACGGUUGUGUUGCCUUACGGCAGCAGCCAGCCAGAGAAUCCGAGUGUCGACGGCAACAACAGUCCGUACGAUGGCCCCGCCGUCGUGUUCGACUCCCGAGUAGCAUGCAUCCGGCCCGUUCUCCACGAUAUUCACCUUGCCAUAGUAGACGGCGGGCAUUUAUACGGCCGAAUCCACCACUUCGACGAGGUUAUUGUUAGCGGUCGAUGGUCAACUCCCAAGGAGCCCACGUCGGUCUUGGAAUCAGAUUAUAGGAGAAAUCAGUGGCCAUUCAAGUGCGUCAUGCUCACGCCCAAGGCCGUCGAAGAGGCCGAGUAUUGGCCGAUAUCCAUCUGUGCGGCUCUGGGCGGGUCGUCGACGUGGGAUUCCAUAUUCACUGAGAUGCCCGGGCUUCGUUCCACGAUGCUCCCCAUGUCCAAAUACAGAAGCAGAAGCAUUUUCCACGUCUUCAACACGACGGGGUCGAUAGAAUCAUGGGGCAAGUACCUGCUGACGAACGAAAUCCCGGAGAACGGAAACUACCUCGCGACGCAUUCCGCCGAAAAGCUAAACUGGACGUCAUCCGAGGAAGGGAUCUGGGUACACCUGCGGCCACCACCCGGCUCCAUCAACGCCAGCGUGUCGAUCAGCACAUGCUUCACAAACCUUCCCGGGCUUUUCCAGCACGUCGAAAUGUCCAGCGACCAAGACGGUGCUGAGCCCGGUCUCUCUUGGGACAGAGUGAACGCGCGGUAUGAGACGGCCCCGAUUCGAGGUCAGUAUGAAAACCUCGGCGACAACGCAACGGUGCGGGAUUCACGGGGCAUCCUGACCCUGCACCCGAAGACCAGCUGGGGUUUCGAGGAGGACGAGAGCAACAUGACGAAGACCACCAAGUCCAGGUCGUGGAUGCCCUUCAGCAGCGUGGCCGACGGUCUGCCUUAUAUGAGUCUGAACGGCGACCAGCGUGCUGGCGGGAUCCUGGUUCCCGGCGCGUUCUCCCCGUACGCCGUGCACUACGCGCAUGCCGCGCUCUUCCAGGACAUUGCCAUGACCACCGGCAGUCUGGCGCAAGGACUACAGGGGCUCUUUACUGUUCUUCGACAAAUGGCGUACUACGAGAUUUCCCCGUAUUUUGACAUGCAAUCUCCGGCUUCGUUGAUCCUCUCAAACGAGGAGCUUAUGCCUGUGCGAUGGACCGGUUUCACCGUCGUUGUCGGCAUGGUUUUUACCCAUUUGAUUCUCCUUGCUGUUGUCUUGGUGUUGUUCUUCAAAUUCACUCGGCUGAGUUGGCUUGGAAAUGUGUGGAUGUCCUUGAGCCAGGUUGUGUCAUUGGAAACAGAGGAUUUGAUUGAUAAGAGUACGGACAAGUUGGAUAAGGAGGUGGACAAGGUGAUCAAGGAAGAAGCAUCCAGAGCAGGCACAGGAUCAGCGGACCGGGUUAGAAUCAAGAGACACGAUCUAAGAGGGAGAAGCGAGGUUUCCUAUUGA